GAACGGGAGGGGCAGGCGGCCGGGCUCGGGGCCCGCCCUCCUCCGCGCUUCGGGCGCUGCGGGCUGGGGCCGCGGCCUGCGGCUGCCCGCCCUGCCCGCGUCCGGCCGAGCCUCCGCUGCCGUGCAGUGCGCGGGGUCUCCGGGAGAUGGCUUCCCCGCGCUCGCCCGCGGCUGUCGCUAUUGUCUCCCCCGGGCCCGCCGGACCCCGCGGGCUCGCGCACGCCCUCGGCUGAGCCGACUCCCCAGCCGGUCCUCGCGCCCCUUCUGCCUCCCCGCUGCCCCGGGCCCGGCGCCCGCCGCGUGCUGCCCGGGAGGGAGCGGCCCGGAGGAGGCGGGGAGCCGCCGGGAGCCGGCAGCCCGGGUCUCCGAGCGCACGACCGCAGGAAACCGCAGUGGGCGCAGGUGCCCAGACACCAUGCCACAACUCUGCAGACUGGACGUUGCCAUGAAGUAGACGACUUCCUUGUCUGCGCUGUCCCCCAUCCUCACCAUGUCUUCGACUCAGGGCAGUGGGGAACACUGGAAGUCCCUGGAGUCGGUGGGCAUCAGCCGCAAAGAACUGGCCAUGGCUGAAGCCUUGCAGAUGGAGUACGACGCGCUGUCCCGGCUUCGGCACGACAAGGAGGAAAGCAGGGCAAAGCAGAACGCAGACCCCUCUCUGAUCAGCUGGGAUGAGCCUGUUCUGGACUUCUACAGCAAGCCAGCGGGAAGGCGGAAGGACCUCAAGCUCUUACGCGGUCUUUCUGGCUCUGAUCCUACCCUCAAUUACAACUCAGUCUCCCCACAGGAAGGGCUGCCCAACCACUCUACCUCCCGGGGCUCCCAGCCUGGCCCAGAUCCCUGGCCCAAAGGCUCCCUGGCUGAAGACUAUCUCUACAUUUUUGAUGGUUCAGAUGGGGGGCUCUCCUUGUCCCCAGGACCAAGGCACAGAGAAGACUCUUCUAAGAAACUGUCCCCGCCUCCUCUGCCUCCCCGAGUCUCUAUCUGGGACACUCCUCCCCUGCCUCCCAGAAAGGGGUCCCCCUCCUCUUCCAAGGUUUCCCAGCCCAGUGACAUCAACACUUUCUCUUCAGUUGAACAACCUCCAGGCAAGUUGCUGGGGCCCCGGAUCCUAGAAGAGGAGGAGGAGCUGGGAGGUGGGAGUCCGGGGCGGCCGCUGGGUUCCGUGGACUACGACGGCAUUAACGAUGCCAUCACACGGCUGAACCUGAAGUCGACCUACGAUGCAGAGAUGCUGCGGGAUGCCACCAGGGGCUGGAAGGAGGGUCGGGGGCCCCUGGACUUUGCCAAGGACACUCCUGGGAAGCCCGUGGCCCGGAGCAAGACCAUGCCUCCGCAGGUGCCCCCCCGCACAUACGCCUCCCGCUGCGCCAACCGGAAAAACGCAACACCCGGCAAGAACCGCCGCAUUUCUGCAGCCCCGGGGGACAUGCGGCCUUGGUCCUCCCCACCCCAGCCUGGUGCGGGGGCUCACUCCAGGACCGGGGCCCCUUCCGGCUCCCGGCCCACACCACCUCCUCGCCUUCGCCGGGCCUCCAGCCGGAGCGACCCUCCUCAUCCCGGGCCUGCAGGGCCAGCUGAGGAAACGGCUGGCUCCAAGUGCCGGCGCGGUACCCCUGCUGCCAGCCUCUGCCUUGCAGGUGCCCCCGGCCAGCAUCAGGCGAUGCCCCCAGGGCCUGCCGGCCGGGCAAACGUGGGCUCCCGGUCCCACGCCGUCGCCAAUGGCCACGAGCUGUUUGAGGUCUCAGAGGAGAGAGAUGAGGAAGUUGCUGCAUUUUGCCACAUGCUGGAUGUCCUCCGAUCCGGCUCUGAUGUCCAGGACUACUCCCUCACCGGGUAUGUCUGGAGCGCUGUCAGCCCGAGCCCAGAGCACCUCGGGGACGAGGUGAACCUGAAGGUGACUGUGCUGUGCGACAGCCUGCGGGAGCCGCUCACUUUUACCUGCAAUUGCUCCUCCACUGUAGACUUGCUCAUCUACCAGACCCUGUGCUACACCCGUGAUGAACUGAGGGAUGUCGACGUGGGUGACUUUGUGCUGAAGCCCUGUGGGCUGGAGGAGUUCCUGCAGAAGAGGAAGACCGGGCAGAGUGCCCCGCGGGACCAGGGCAAGCACGCCCUGGGCAGCCAUGAGUAUAUUCAGUACUGUCGGAAGUUCGGCGUCGACAUCCGGCUGCAGCUGAUGGAGCAGAAGGCCGUGCGCGGUGACCUGGCCCGCACGGUGAAUGAUGACCAGAGCCCCUCCACCUUGAACUACCUCAUCCACCUGCAAGAGAGGCCAGUCAAGCAGACCAUCAGCAGGCAGGCCCUGAGUCUUCUGUUCGACACUUACCACAAUGAGGUGGAUGCCUUCCUGUUGGCUGACGGGGACUUCCCACUGAAGGCCGACAGGGUGGUCCAGUCCGUCAAGGCCAUCUGCAACGCCCUAGCCGCCGUGGAAACCCCUGAGAUCACCAGCGCUCUCAACCAGCUGCCCCCCUGCCCUUCCCGAGUGAAGCCUAAAAUCCAGAAGGAUCCCACUGUCUUGGCCGUGAGGGAAAACCGAGAGAAGGUUGUGGAAGCCCUGACGGCUGCCAUCUUGGACCUGGUGGAGCUGUACUGCAACACAUUCAACGCAGACUUCCAGCCCGCGGUGCCUGGGAGCCGCAAGCACACCCUGGUUCAGGAGGCCUGCCAUCUCUCGGGGCCGCUGGCCUUCACGGUCUAUGCCACCCACCGCAUCCCGAUCAUCUGGGCUACCAGCUAUGAAGACUUCUACCUCUCCUGCUCCCUCAGCCACGGUGGCAAGGAGCUGUGCAGCCCCCUGCAGACCCGACGGGUCCACUUCUCCAAGUACCUCUUCCACCUAGUCAUCUGGGACCAGCAGAUCUGCUUCCCUGUGCAGCUGAACCGGCUGCCCCGGGAGACCCUGCUGUGUGCCACCCUCUACGCUCUGCCCGUGCCCCCGCCGGGGAGCUCCUCGGAGGCCAACAAGCAGCGGCGGGUGCCCGAAGCCCUGGGCUGGGUCACUGCUCCGCUCUUCAACUUCAGGCAAGUCCUGACCUGUGGCCGGAAGCUUCUGGGCUUAUGGCCAGCAACACAGGAAAGUCCCAGUGCCCGCUGGAGUGCACCUAAUUUCCAUCAGCCAGAUAGUGUGAUCCUGCAGAUUGACUUUCCCACCUCGGCCUUUGACAUCAAGUUCACCAGCCCUGCUGGAGACAAGUUCAGCCCCCGCUAUGAGUUUGGCAGCCUCCGGGAGGAAGACCAACAUGUGCUUAAAAACAUCAUGCAGAAGGAGUCCCUGCACUGGCUCACGGAUGCCGACAAAAAGCGCCUGUGGGAGAAGCGGUAUUACUGCCACGCGGAGGUGAGCGCGCUGCCGCUGGUGCUUGCCAGCGCGCCCAGCUGGGAGUGGGCCUGCCUCCCCGACACCUAUGCUCUGCUGGCGCAGUGGACCCCCAUGAACCACCAGGACGCCCUGGGGCUCCUGCAUGCCACGUUUCCAGACCAGGAGGUGCGUCGCAUGGCUGUACAGUGGAUCGGCUCCCUCUCCGAUGCCGAGCUGCUGGACUACUUGCCCCAGCUCGUGCAGGCCUUAAAGUACGAAUGCUACCUGGACAGCCCCUUGGUGCGCUUCCUCCUGAAGCGAGCGGUCUCUGACUUGAGAGUGACUCACUACUUCUUCUGGUUGCUCAAGGACGGCCUCAAAGACUCUCAGUUCAGCAUCCGCUACCAGUACCUGCUGGCCGCCUUGUUGUGUUGCUGUGGCAAGGGGCUGAGAGAGGAGUUUAACCGCCAGUGCUGGCUUGUUAAUACCCUGGCCAAACUGGCCCAGCAGGUCCGGGAGGCUGCCCCGUCCGCACGGCAGGGCAUCCUCCGCGCCGGCCUGGAGGAGGUGGAGCAGUUCUUCGUCCUCAAUGGCUCCUGCCGCCUGCCCCUCAGCCCCAGUCUGCUGGUUAAGGGCGUCGUGCCCAGGGACUGUUCCUACUUCAACUCCAACGCCGUUCCCCUCAAGCUCUCCUUCCAAAACGUGGACCCACUGGGCGAGAACAUCCGUGUCAUCUUCAAGUGUGGGGACGACCUUCGCCAGGACAUGCUGACCCUGCAGAUGAUCCGCAUCAUGAGCAAGAUCUGGGUCCAGGAGGGCCUGGACAUGCGCAUGGUCAUCUUCCGCUGCUUCUCCACCGGCCGGGGGAGAGGGAUGGUGGAGAUGAUCCCCAACUCUGAGACCCUGCGCAAGAUCCAGGUGGAGCACGGGGUGACCGGUUCCUUUAAGGACCGGCCCCUCGCCGACUGGCUGCAGAAGCACAACCCUGGGGAGGAUGAGUAUGAGAAGGCUGUAGAGAACUUCAUCUACUCCUGUGCCGGCUGCUGUGUGGCCACCUACGUCCUGGGCAUCUGUGACCGACACAAUGACAACAUCAUGCUGAAGACGACCGGCCACAUGUUCCACAUAGAUUUCGGCCGCUUCCUGGGCCAUGCCCAGAUGUUCGGCAACAUCAAGCGGGACCGCGCCCCCUUUGUCUUCACCUCGGACAUGGCGUAUGUCAUCAACGGGGGUGACAAGCCUUCCAGCCGCUUCCAUGAUUUUGUUGACCUUUGCUGCCAAGCCUACAACCUCAUUCGCAAGCACACCCACCUCUUCCUCAACCUUCUGGGCCUGAUGUUGUCCUGUGGGAUCCCUGAACUCUCAGACCUGGAAGACCUCAAGUACGUAUACGAUGCCCUGAGGCCUCAGGACACGGAGGCCAAUGCCACUACCUACUUCACCAGGUUGAUAGAGUCCAGCCUUGGCAGUGUAGCCACAAAGCUCAAUUUUUUUAUUCAUAACCUGGCUCAGAUGAAGUUUUUAGGCUCAGAUGAUCGGCUGACCCUCUCCUUUGCUCCACGAACACACACUCUCAAGAGCACAGGCCGCAUAAGCGAUGUGUUUCUCUGUCGCCACGAGAAGGUCUUCCACCCCAACAAGGGCUAUAUUUACGUGGUAAAGGUGAUGCGAGAGAAUGCUCACGAGGCCACUUACAUCCAGCGGACAUUUGAGGAGUUCCAGGAGUUACACAAUAAGCUGCGGCUGCUCUUCCCUUCUUCCCUCUUGCCCAGCUUCCCCAGUCGCUUCGUGAUUGGCCGCUCACGAGGAGAGGCGGGGGCCGAGCGGCGCCGGGAGGAGCUGAACGGCUACAUCUGGCACUUGGUCCACGCGGCCCCGGAGGUGGCCGAGUGUGAUUUGGUGUACACCUUCUUCCACCCCCUGCCCAGGGAUGAGAAGACGGCAGGCAGCAGCCUGGCUCCCAAGCCCUCAGAAGGCACAUGGGCCCGGCCAGUCGGGAAAGUUGGAGGAGAGGUGAAACUGUCCAUCUCCUACAAAAACAAUAAACUCUUCAUCAUGGUGAUGCACAUUCGGGGCUUGCAACUGCUCCAGGAUGGGAAUGAUCCCGACCCCUAUGUCAAGAUUUACCUCCUUCCUGACCCUCAGAAAACCACUAAGAAGAAAACCAAAGUGGCCCGGAAAACCUGCAACCCCACCUACAAUGAGAUGCUGGUGUAUGAUGGAAUCCCCAAGGGCGACCUGCAGCAGCGGGAGCUGCAGCUGAGUGUGCUGAGUGAGCAAGGGUUCUGGGAGAACGUGCUCCUCGGGGAAGUGCACAUCCGCCUGAGAGAGCUGGACCUGGCCCAGGAGAAGACUGGCUGGUUUGCACUGGGAUCUCGAAGUCCUGAGACCUUAUGAACACAGCGGAGCCCCGGCCUGGGACCCCAGGCUCACGGCAGAGCCGGGGAGAGGACUCGUCCCUUCUUGGGGAGGGGCAUGGCCCUCGGUGGGGCUCCCUGCCGUCCUGGCCUCCAGGGUGGGAGGCAGGGAGAGUAAGGAUGCUCUCUGCUGGCCCCUCCUCUGCAGACUGCUUUUGAGUUGGUUGUGAUGAGCAGCCCUGUGGAGGCUGUGAGGUUGCAGCAAAGUUUUAAGUUUACCUUGUGUCAAGGGAGCAAUGCCUGGAUUGAGGUGUGUGAGGUGCGCUGUAGA